CUCAGUUACAGAGUUGCAGAUGAUUGCAGAGAAUCACCUGCACUUCGCACGACUUUAAUACACAUCUGAAAUUUUUAAUAACAAUAUAAUUAUUUAUACGCAAAAAAUGGCCACUCUCGCUCGCACUUUACGCCCGUAUUUGAGAUGCGUCCGCAAUCAAAGAAGAACUUAUGCAGAUGCUCCAGCAGGUGAUCAAAUGAAAUUUACAUUUGCCGGUGCCAAUCAGGUAUUUUAUGACCAAGCUGCAAUUCGUCAAGUUGACGUACCCUCCUUCUCCGGUUCCUUUGGUAUUCUACCGAAGCAUGUACCCACCUUGGCUGUAUUGAAACCUGGAGUAGUUACAGUGUAUGAAGAAGGUGGUACAACCAAGAAGGUGUUUGUUUCAUCUGGUACAGUUACCAUAAAUGAAGAUAACAGUGUACAGAUUUUGGCAGAAGAAGCCCAUCCAGUAGAAGACUUAGAUAACUCUGCAGCAAGAGAGAUUCUUAGCAAAGCUCAGCAACAGCUAUCCUCAGCAACAGCAGAGAAAGACAAGGCUGAGGCGGCUAUUGCGGUUGAAGUUGCAGAAGCUCUUGUGCAAGCUACACAAUAAAUAAUAUAAUAUAGAAUUAUGUAUUCAUGUUUCACCCUUUCACACUCUGUCAAUGUUAGAGAAAGAGACACAUGUUCAACAGGCUUAUAAUUGAUGUAAAACAGUGAAAUAAUAAAAACUUAAAGUCAGAUGUACGUAAAUUGGCUAAUAAUAAGUUGUAGUUGAGCCAAUUUUUAUUUUAUCGUGAAAAAUAAGUGUAUAGAAAGAAUAUUGUUAUCAUAGAUUCUUUAUUGAUGUUAGUUUCUGUAUUUGUUCUCUCGUUAACAACAUAAUAAACAUGCUGCCAUUUACAAGCUA